UUUUUAUUUUAAUUUAUUAAAUUGUAAUUUUUGAAAUUGACAGCUGUCAGCUAACUUCACUAUAAUGUUUUACCCACCUUAAAAUUUACUGUGCAUACUCAUAAAUAUACAUUAAUUGAAAUAGGGGCGUAAUUAUUUACAUGACAAGCUCAGUAAUAUUUAAUAUUAAAUAUUAAACGUUAAUAGAUUUUGUUAAUUGAAUAAAGUGCAAUUGAAAAUUAUUUAUUUGGUAAUAAGAUAAUCUGUUAAAUAUUUAGAGUAAUCUGUCAGAGUAAUACUCUAAUCUUAUCAACCGGUUCAGAGAAAUUGUUGAGAGAAAAAAGUAAAUAACGUUAACUGUCAUGCGAUACAUUUGUUUUUUAAUCCAGUGGGUUCGUUGAUUAAUCAGUUAUUACGGAAACUUGGCCAUGGAUGAAACAAAUGAUUCGGUUAAAUGGCAGCAACACUUGUCGUUGCUCAGGAAUCAGUAUGUUCAUCUUCAUACUGCUAAUUCUGAGUUGCAGCAAAAAUAUGCGAUUGCAACUGCUUCGAGACAGGGGUCUGGAUUUAUUGAGAGGUUGUUGGCGACUAUUGCUUCACUUUACGCUCAGAAACAGUACAGUGAUUUGACUAUUAAAUUAGUCAACAAUGAACUGCCAGCGCAUAAAUUUGUCCUGAGUGCAAGGAGUGAUUUUUGGAGCGAAAGUUCUCUAGCAAAUAUUUCAGUACUAGAUUGGAGUUAUUUAGACGGAGACGCAGGUUCAAUUCUUUUAAAAUGGAUCUACACUAGUACAGUAGAAAAAGAGAACCUGACACUAGAGCUGAUGAAAGCAGCCUCUAAUUUCCAAUUAAAAGAAUUAGUAGAGCAAUGUGAAACAUAUUUAAUAGGAACAGUGAGUCUCCGCGAUUGCGUAGCUCUUUAUACUGCCGCGGAGGAGCUGGGCGCUGAAAAAUUGCGAGACUACUGCAGUUCACUAAUCUCAACGCACUGGGAUGACUUGACCGGAGAUGACUUCAAAGAAAUGCCGGGUCCUCUUUUGUACGAGCUGCUGAAAACAAAAAGCGAGUUUCCUCUUCACUCAGCGGUGAGACUCGAGCGGGAGGAUGUUGUCUUCUUGUAUUUAGUUGAACACAAUGCAGAGCUGCCAACAGUAGUAAACGCAGUGGACCAUAAAGGGCGUCGUGCCUUGGAAGUGGCUCUAAAAUCCCGCCAACCAUCUCUCGCCCGCACACUAGUCGAACACCAAGCGGACCUGAGCGCGAAAGAUUCCGACGGUUUGACCCUGCUGCAAUCCUCAAUCUUCAAAGGCGACUCCUACUCCGCAGAAUUUCUAAUCGAGCAGCUCGAAAACAGCGGAUCUUGCCAGCGCCUUUGCGACCCCCUAAAACUCUCCCCAUCCUGCUCCGACUCCCUAAAACCCUACGAAGGAUGCACAGUUCUCCACCUAGUCUCCCGCCACAAGGCCCCCGACAUGCUCUUAAUCUCCAGCAAACUUCUCCAAGCCGGAAUCAACCAGAACCUCCAAGACUCCCGAGGCUGGACCUCCUUACACUGGAGCAUCUAUUCCAACCACGAACCUUUAUUCGAGCUCCUCUUGGACUCCAAGAACAUAGACCUCGACUUAACAAGCUCAGAAGGCCACUCAGCGUUAUCCUUCGCCCUCAGAGCCGAGCCUUGUUUAAAAACCUUCGCAGAGAAGCUUUUAUCCCGCGGCGCGAAGCCUAAUUUAACUUAUAGCCCCUCUAAAAACACUCUUUUGCACCUUCUAGCCCAAGAAGGCAAAGAAGAAGCGGCUCUAUUCCUCCUAAAGCACUCUAAAGAUAUCAACCUUGCUAAAAAAACUAACAUUGAUGGUCUUACAGUUCUCCACGAAGCUUGCAAAGCAGGAUUAGCUGACUUAGCAAAGCUUUUACUUGAAAAAGACGAAUCUGGCUUCUCCACAAUUGCAAUCACUAAUUCCAAUCAAGUUCCUUUACACUUAGCAGUAAUUAAUCUCCAUUUUCCAGUCGUUCAAACUUUGCUUCAAUUUUCUAAAAACCCAAAAGACCAGCUAGAGUGCAAAGACCAAGAAGGAGAGACUCCUCUUAGCUUGGCAAUAAAAGCUCCUUUAAAACGCGGCCGAGAAAUAGUCGAAGCUUUGAUUUCCGCUGGAGCGAAUAUCAACGAAAAAAAUGACAAAGGCUUAACUUUGCUCCAUCAAGCUAUUUUAAAGGAAGAUUCAGCUACUGCGAUUUUCUUGCUAGAAAACGGCGCGGAUAUGAAUGCUAAGACUCUAGAGGGAGAGACUCCACUUCAAUUGAGUGUACAUUGCCGUUUAGGAGAAGUUGUUGAAGCUCUGUGCCGUAGAGGAGUCAAUACUUCCGUAGGAUGUCCCUUGUGGGAUGCUUUGGACAGUGAUCAAGAGGACACUGCUUCUAUAUUAGUGACUCAUGGAGCUGAUACUGAUUGCUGGAGCCCGGGGCCUGAUGGGUGUCUUCAGACUCUGCUGCAUCGCGCUAUUGAUGACAAUAAGGAAGAAAUCGCGCAGUUUUUAAUUAGAAGCGGGUGUGAUUUAAAUGCGACCAGAAAAUUGGGGCCCAAUGGAGAGGGCGGGGAUGAAGCUAGGGAUAAUUGUACCCCGCUGCAUCUUUGCUGUCAAUGGGGAUUAGAACAAGUGGUGCAGACUCUGGUGGAGCAUGGAGCUAAUGUCAAUGCGAGGGACGCUGAAGGAAAGACUCCGAUUCAUAUUGCGAUUCAGAAUCAACAUGCGGAGAUAAUUGCAUUGUUGUUGUGUCAUCCGAAUUUGGAUCUUUCUUUGAGGGACAAAAAGGGACUGAGUCCUUUUGCUACUGCGCUGACUGUGAGGAAUAAUAAAGCUGCUCAGGCGAUCUUGGAGAAGUUACCGAGCGCUGCGGAGCAGUUUGAUAAUAAAGGGAGGAAUUUUUUGCACAUGGCUAUUCAAAAAGGGGACAUGGAGAGUAUCUUGUUUUUAUUAUCGAUACAGGUGGAUGUUAAUUCGAGGGUCCAGGAUGUAACUCAGACUCCGCCGUUGCAUCUAGCGGUGGGUUCGGGGAAUGAAAUGUUGGUGAGGAGUUUGAUAUUAGCUGGGGCGAGGAUUAAUGAUACGGAUGCUCAUAGGAAUACGGCUUUGCAUGCUGCUGCUAAGGCGGGACAUGCGGCGGUAGUGUCGGCGCUGUUGCAGAAUGGGAUUAAUUUUGACGCGGUUAAUACUGAUGGGGACAAUGCGCUGCAUGUCGCGGUUCGCGAGGGACAUGUAAGUGUUGUUAGGACUCUGUUGACGGAGUGUACGCUUGAUGCGGAGACGGUCAAUCUUAAGGGGAGGAAUCCGCUGCAUGAACUUGCGAGGUGUGGGAGAGAUAAUGCGGCGACUAUUUGCGAACUUUUUUUGGAGUGCAUGGCGCAGUAUCCGAUUAAUAAUGCAGAUGCUGAUGGUAAUACUCCACUACUGAUAGCUUACAUGAAAGGGAACGGAAAUCUCUGCAGAACUCUCGUCAAAGCUGGCGCGUGUCUCGGUUCAAUGAACAAAGACGGUGUCACGAUAUUUAAUUAUCAAGUGGCUACUAAACAAUUGCUCUAUCGAUUACUCGAUUCAUUGACUCAAGAAGCUCCUUGGGCGGAUAAAGAUAUCUGUUUAGAGUGCGGGACUAAGUUUUCUUUGACUAUGAGGAAACAUCAUUGCCGUCAUUGUGGGAGGAUAUUAUGCAGUAAAUGUUCUGGUCAAGAUGUGCCAAUAUUAAAGUUUGGACUAAACAAACCCGUCCGAGUCUGUGGAGUCUGCUUUGACGUUUUACAAAUAGGUGCAGAAUAAUAAUAAUUUAAGUUACAUUAAUAAAAAAAAAAAUA